AUGUAUAGGACGGUCUCAACGCCAUCACCGCCAUCAUCGCAAAUUUUGAAAGGUGAUUCACCAUCAUGCUAUCCGUACACAUACCCUCAGGGUACAAAUUCCUUAAAGAGAAACAUACGAUUUUCAAUCCCACGUGAGUAUGGACUCAAUAACCUUGGUUUGGCUGCUGGAUCACAUGAAAUUGUUAACAAACAGACGCCAUCACCUUCAAGUAAUUCUGCAUUACCUGGAUUAGCAGAAUCACUAGAUCCACAUACUCAAAACCAUAAAGGCGUUCUUGAACCCUCACCAUUCACCUGGAAGACAGAAAGUAAAGGUGACAACACAUCGAGCUCACAAUCGAGUCCAGCCAACAAUCCAUUUGCUGCACCUCUAAAUCCACACAUCUCGAGGACUAAUAACGUCAAAACACGACCAUCAUUAAUUAGCAUGAAAUCAAACGCGAGUGAUGUACCUAAAGAUGAUAAAAUCACGUACUCUAAAACUAAAGACAAAUUGUGGCUUAGUGAAGAUGCAAGUACACUCGAAGUUUGGGUUACUAUAAUGAAAUUUGUGAACGAUGAGUACACCCAGACAGAACUACUUAGUCGUACAUCACAAGAAUUGAUAGAAAAGCUAAUAGAAUGCGUUAAAAAGUACGAUGAUUGCUCAACACUCAACUUAAUUGAAGAAUUUCUAACAGAUUUCACAACUUGUUCAAAUAGUCUUCGUAAUUUGUUAACGGCAAAGCGAUAUGGUUUGCCAAUACUCCAUGGUACGUCGUUGGUAAAGAUACAGCCACAUAUGAUACCAACACUCACGGUUGAACAAAUUGAACUCAUCGGUGCUGAAGAUAUGCACGUUAUUUUGAAUAGCUCACAAUGUCUUAAUCUUUUGCAACUUCUUGUGGGUAAUCCAUAUGCUACAAAAUCACUUCACUUAGUCAAUCUAUCAGGAAAUAAAGAGACUGUUUAUUAG